AUGGAAUCUUCGUCAAUAAGUGCACUGAAGGCGAUGCUCGCAACAGAUAACAUUCCAGAAGGUCAAUUUUCUAUCAGAAGGCAACACUGUUCCGUUGCGCAACCGCAAUCUAUACUGCAAUACCCUACCACAGCGGAUAAUUUCUUCCGCUUUAAUAGUUGUUACAAUAAUACGACAGAGCGUUAUUUGCUGGCCAUUCCUGAACUUGAAGUACGUUUUGUUCCGCUUUGGCUUUCCGCUAAGUAA